CCUCCCUUAAAAGAGAACAUAUAUAUAUAACAAAUAAGAAAAGGUACAAAUUUCAAUCUUUGCAUUAUUGUAUCCUGCACCCUUUGAAUUCUGAUACAUACUACGGUUGAGACAAUGGAUUCCCAGUUUCCAUUCUGCUAUGGAAUUCUGUCCUAUAUUACAGCAUCCUACUAAAUGUCACGUGACAUCUCACUGACGAUACAGUAAAUAGGAAAGACAUUUUAAGAAGUCAUGGGAAAUGCACCCUCAGAAUAUUAUGGCGCUAAGUGCUACAAGUGUGGCAAGAGUCUGCCUCCAUGUGUUUCAUUUGAUAACUACCACAAAGCCACGAUCAAUGGAAGACAUGUGUAUGUGUUCAAUGGAGGACAGUAUUACAGAGAGGUUGGAUGUGACGAUGCGCACGAGUGUUGUGACUGUUUUGAGAAGCUCAAGAGAGAACAACAGAGGCUUGAGCAAAGGAAAAAGGAAGAAGAGAGACAAAGAAGAGAGAUGAAAAGACAACAGGAGGAAGAGCGACUGAGAAGAGAGGUGUUAAGACAACAGGAAGAAGAGACACGGAGGAGAGAGGAGGAAAGACAACAGGAAACAGUGAGACUGAGGAGAGAGAAAAAAAAACGACAGGAAGAAGAGCGAUUGAGAAGAGAGGGGGAAAGACAACAGGAAGAAGAAAGACAGAGGAGAGAGGAGGAAAGACGACUGGCAGAAGUGAGACUUAGGAAAGAGAGAAAAAGACGACAGGAAGAAGAGAAACUGAGAAGAGAGGUGGAAAAACGACAAGAAGAAGAGAGACUGAGAAAGGAGGAGGAAAGACAGCAAGAACAAAGACUUAGAAGAGAGAAAAAAAGACUACAGGAAGAAGAGCGACUGAGACGAGAGGAGGAAAGACGACAGGAAGAAGAGAGACUGAGAAGAGAGGAGGAAAAACGACAAGAACAAAGACUGAGAAGAGAGAAAAAAAGACUACAGGAAGAAGAGCGACUGAGAAGAGAGGAGGAAAGACGACAGGAAGAAGAGAGAUUGAGAAGGGAGGAAGAAAGACGACAGGAAAAAAAGAGACUGAGAAGAGAGGUGUUAAGACGACAAGAAGAAGAGAGACUGAGAAUAGAGGCGUUAAGACGACAGGAAGAAGAGAGACUGAGAAGAGAGGAGGAAAGACGACAGGAAGAAGAGAGACUGAGAAUAGAGGCGUUAAGACGACAGGAAGAAGAGAGACUGAGAAGAGAGAAGAAAAGACAACAGGAAGAAAGAUUGAGAAGAGAGGAGGAAAGACGACAGGAAGUAGAACGACAAAGGAGAGAGGAGGAAAGAAGACAGGAAGAGGAAAGACAGUGGAGAGAGGUGUUAAGACAGCAGGAAGAAGAGCGACUAAGAGAGAAGAAAAGGCGACAGGAAGAAGAGAGACUGAGGAGAGAGAUGGAAAGACAACAGGAGGAAGAAGAGAAACUGAGAAGGGAGGUGUUAAGACAAAAGGAAGAAGAGAGACUGAGAAGAGAGGAGGAAAGACGACAGGAAGAAGAGAGACUGAGAAGAGAGGUGUUAAGACGACAGGAAGAGAGACUGAGAAUAGAGGAAGAAAGACGACAGAAACAAGAAAAAUUGAGAAGAGAAAAGGAAAAACGACAGGAAGAAGAGAGACAAAGAAGAGAGGAGGAAAGACGACAAGAAGAAGAGAGACUGAGAAGAGAAAAAGAAAGACUACAGGAAGAAGAGAGAUGGAGGGGAGAGAUGUUAAGACAACUAGAGGAAGAAGAGAGACUGAGAAGAGAGAUGGAAAGACAACAGGAGGAAGAAGAGAAACUGAGAAGGGAGGUGUUAAGACAACAGGAAGAAGAGAGACUGAGAAUAGAGGAGGAAAGACGACAGAAACAAGAAAAAUUAAGAAGAGAAAAGGAAAAACGACAGGAAGAAGAGAGACAAAGAAGAGAGGAGGAAAGACGACAAGAAGAAGAGAGACUGAGAAGAGAGAAAGAAAGACUACAGGAGGAAGAGAGAUCGAGGAAAGAGGAGGAAAGACUACAGGAAGAAGAGAGAUGGAGGAGAGAGAUGUUAAGACAACUAGAGGAAGAAGAGAGACUGAGAAGAGAGAAGGAAAGACUACAGGAGGAAGAGAGAUCGAGGAGAGAGGAGGAAAGACGACAGCAAGAAGAGAGAUGGAGGAGAGAUGAGGAAAGACGACAAGAAGAAGAGAGACUGAGGAGAGAGGUGUUAAGACGACAGGAAGAAGAGAGACUGAGAAGAGAGGAGGAAAGACGACAGGAAGAAGAGAGACAAAAAACAAUGGAGUUGAACGGAGAGAUUAAAAAGACCCUCCAAAGUGUAAAGGAAAAAGUUAGUAUGCGAGAUAAAACUGACAAAAGAGAGGUGGUAAAAAUGUUUUACAACCACUUUCAAACAUCGCCAGAGAACAAUGCUUCUACACUAAUGGAAAUCCUUUCCUCAAGAUGCAACAUUUUGUCGGAAUUUGUCCUUAGCCAGCUAAGUUCUGUUCAGCUGAAGAAGGUAAUAAGUGUUUUACAAGAUCUUCUUUUUGAUGAGUGGGUGAAUCGUCUUCCAUCUUUUGAGACACUCAAACAUGCGCAAGUGUUACUAACAGAACUAUGCAUCCUGUUCAGGCCAGAGUCUGGUGGAAUUUUUUUGGUGAGUGCAUCAGAUCAUAUACACUUUCUGGUGGAAGAAAUCUGUCAGUCAGAAUGUGACAUGCAUCAGUGUUUUCUUUUAACUCAAGCCCUUUUUUUGACUUUUAUAGACAUCUUUGUAGAUGCACAAGAUAUGGAACUAAACGCACUGUACAUUGCUGAAAAAUGGUCAGGCGUGAAUUUUCCAACAGUGGAAAUAUUUACUGUUAGAUUUCUUGAAACUCUUUUGAUUUCCCUACAGAAGGUUGUUGAAAGUGCUUUAAAAAUAACCAUACUAGAUGUGGAGAAGAAGUGUUUCAAAUUCCUGCUAUCACGUUUGGAGAAUCUUAAUAAAGAAGCCACAGGAUCUAUCAAAAUACUCUUAAAACUCGUGGACGUCACUCAAUGGACCCCAACUGAAGCUAUUGGACUUUUCAAAAUUUUAACCGAAAAAUAUGACAAUGAGACUGAUAUUUACAACAUCCUCCAACUAGUGCAGUUAAAUCACAUCCUUCCCUCAUGGAAAGAUGAGAGUGGACAAUCACUAUUUGAUCUUCGUUACCUUGUUGAUUCAGAGAGUUUUUACCGGACUCUACAAAACACAAUGAAAAGUCAAAAUGAACACAAAAUUGAUGAAAUUCUGAGUGACAUGCAGUCAUCUAGAAUCAUUGAGAAUGCCGAUAUCAUCAAAAUUAAACAAAUAGUCCUUUCUAUCCUGAAGUGUUUAGAUGUUCAAGCUGAAAACAAAACCAGAGAACAUACGUUGCCAAAUCCUUUGAAAAGAAAGAAGUUAAAAAUAAAAGAUUUGGAGUUAGCCUUGCAUUAUCUGUGUAAGGCAGUUUUUUACACAAAACGAUGGUGGCCCUCAGUAAGUCAGAUGAUUCAGUGGUGCCUGUUAAUAUUGCAUGAGGACAGUGAGACACUGGAGAUUGUUGGUUUUGAUGAGGACCCAUGUGUCACUGCUAUGUUUCUAGUAAUGCAGGUAUUAAUGGGAAGUAAAGUGGACGUUGUCCUAAGUUCUACCAUUGAAUGCAACCAACAGAUGCAUGAGUGGUCUGACUUCUACAAGCAUUUUGGUAUUUCAUCUAGAUCAAUCAAGGAGGAUAAUGAUUCUGCAUUUGUCUCAGACAUUGUUUUCUCUACUAUGGAUGAAUAUAUUGCCCAUUACCUUCAGUACUUUUCAGGACUGCAGAUAGACCAGCAUAAACGACUGACUCGAGGGUUUGUUGUUGACAAAAAAUGCCUCGUUUUGAACAACAGCUUUUUCUCGAAAAGUAGCGACAACGUGGUUUUAAAAUACAUACAAAGAUGCCAGACAAAUCUGAUGAAAAGACUGUUUAGUCAGGAAAAACACACGGAACAAAGCGGUGUGUUCAUCAGAGCCUUAUUCCAGACCCUUCACACCACGGUCGAAAACAUGCCUGAUGCUAAUGGCCAAAUCUUGGCUAUAUUCCAGAAUCUCACCAAACACGAGUUUACAUCCGAAGAGGAAACCACUCUGAAAUUUCUCAAUGCAAUGACAAAACGCAUUCUUGCCCGUGAUGACAUCAAUUUCCUGCCUAAUGGAGAAGAAGCUUGUUCAGAUUUUUUGUUGACUACAGCCAUGCAGUUAUGCGGCGAGAAAACAGUAACAGAGCUAAUCCAAAAUUUAUUAGCUGGACAACUUUGGACCUCAGUGCAAGUGCUGAAACUCCUAGAAACAUUACUGGAGAGCCAUUUUAGAGAUGGCAACCUAUCCAUCAUGAAGUUAAUUAAUUUGUUGACAAUAUAUCAGAUUUCUCCAGAGUGGAAGAACAAGAAUGACCAAACUAUCCUACAAAUCUUGUGUUCAAUCCAAACAAUGACUGACAUUAAAGAUUUAGAAAAGCAGUUUAAGAACGAAGGAUCAAAAAGCAUUGAUGACAUUUUCAAGGAGAUAAGAGAAUUUAAAGAAAUCGACGAGGCAACAAUAAACACGGCAUACAGUGUCGUAAAACAUGUCCAGGAAUUAAUUUUGUCUGGGGUAAAGAUGAAAUUUGCUAUGAGAAGAAUUCAUGAGCUUAGCAUCAGCAGAGAAGUAAAAGACCUGCAAGAGGUUCUUUCAGCACUGUGCUAUGUUGUGCACAGCAAAAUGGGAUGGUGGCCUCGACUUAAUCAAUUGAUUAGCUGGUGUGUUUUUGCCCUGUCUGAAUCUGGAACGCUCUUGGAAAUAGGCACUGGGGAGGGAAAAUCUUGUGUUAUAGCAAUGUAUGCUGCAUUGCGAGUUCUAAGGGGGGAGAAGGUUGACAUAGUAUCCAGUUCCUCUGUUCUAUGCCAAAGAGAUUCCAAAGAAUGGUCUCAAUUCUACAAGGAACUUGGAAUAACAGUAGGCACCAACACAGGAAAUGAAGAUCAAAAUGAAUGUUACCAGAAUGAUAUUAUUUAUGGGACUGUAGAUGCCUUUGCAGCAGACUAUCUAAGACAGAUAUUUGAAAUGAAAGACACAAGGCUGAACCGUGAGUUCCAGUGUGUGAUAAUUGACGAAGUAGAUUCUCUACUCCUGGACAAUGGAGUACAACUUACAUAUCUUUCAGACGAUAUAGCUGGCAUACAGCACUUGAAUACAGUCCUGUCUCUCAUUUGGGGCCAUGUUAGUCAAUAUGGUCUGAUGCCAACAGAAAGUGAAACAGCUGUACGUGGACCAGUUGUACCUUUUCACAAAGCAGUGUAUGAUGCAAUUGAUACAGAAGAUAGUGAAAUAAAUGGCCCACUGGAUAUUUUACAGAUUGCUGAGGACAAUAACAUAGUCCCUCAAGGUUUUGUAAAAGAGCUCAGUGAGAGUGAGCACAAUCAGUAUCUUGACAAACUUGGAACAAUUAAUAAGGAUUCUAUGAUAAGUUUCUUUGUCGAUAUUGUAAAGGACUACCUUCCGUACAACAUUGUUGUUUACAAACAAAAUGAGAAUGGAUUCUUGCAGUUAAUUAAUCCUAGACAGACGUCUUCUGAAGACAUUCAGGAACUUAGCUUUCUUGUUUUAGACAAAGGCUUAUGUUGCGCACUGUAUUCCUCUGAAGAGAUCCUUCACAAUCCAAUCACAGCAAUGAUUCAAGAAAAGCUGAAGUUCACCCCCUGUGAAAAAAAAGAAGAUGACAAAAUCAGCAUUCCUGGCUUUCUGAAAAAUCUUGUGGAUAACAAAUUGAUCACAUGGAUUCAGAAUGCCUUCCUGGCACUGAAGCUCAAACAGGGACGAGAAUAUAUAGUUGAUAAGGAAAGGAUCUGUCCUGUUGAUUUCAAGUCUACUGGAAUCGUUGAGCUGAACAAGAAAUGGGGCGAUGGUCUGCAGCAGUUUCUUGAAAUGAAGCACCGAAUCAAACUGAGCUCUUUGACUGUUGUGACUAACUACAUCUCCAACAUCACCUGCUUCAGAAUGUACCAGGGAAAAAUCUAUGGGACCACAGGAACGCUUGGGAAUCAAGAUGAAAUUCAGCUUCUGCAAGACUUGUAUCCAAAGCUCUCUGCUUCCAGAAUGCCAUCCUUCACAAGAGAAAAGUUAUUCGAAACUGAGGGUAUUGUGACAAGCUCACACGAAGAAUGGAAAGCAGAGAUAUGUAAUGUUGUUAAAGAUCAAGUCACUCCAAGUAAUGGGCGAGCAGCUCUGGUGAUCUGUGAAACAAUUAACAAGGCCAAAGAGCUGCAUGAGGAACUGCAAGGUCAAAUCUCCGGAGAAAUCAUCCUCUACUCACGCAGUGACAAAGAUUGUAAAAUCGGCAAAAUACUGGAGCCCGGUGAUGUCAUAGUUGCUACCAAUCUUGCUGGUCGAGGUACGGACAUUAAGGUUUCAGAUGAAGUGAACAACAAUGGAGGCUUGUUUGUGAUUCUCUCUUUCCUUGCUGAGAACUUACGAAUAGAGCGCCAAGCAUUUGGGCGCACUGCACGAAAGGGAAACCCUGGAUCGGCCAAAAUAGUCAUGUGCACCGAUCAUCUUGAGGGUUCUCUAAAACAAGUGUCAUUUCUGCAUGAUGCCAAACUUAAAAGAAACAUUCUUUCAAAAGAGAAAGUGGAAUACAUGAUGACAGAUUUGCAAGAGGUUUAUUUGCAAGAGAAUUUGUUUUUUGAGUACUGCAAAAUACUUAAAUACAUACAUGAAAAUGCCAACGAUCAAGAUCGGAUGACCGUUGUUGGCAUAAUGAAUGAAUACUGGGGCAUUUGGCUGCAGACAAAAGCAAAAGAAAUAGAACAAUUAAAAACAGACAAAUUGCUAAAAAGUCUAACUGAAGACAUGGAAAAGGCCAAAGAUGAAUGUCUUAAGGAGGAAUCUCCUAUUUCCAGCAUAUACCACUAUGUUAAGUUAGGCAAUAAUGAGCUUAUGGACAAGAGAUGGGAAGAAGGGUUGGUGCUUUAUGAGAGAGCAAUGCACCUGGAUCCCAGCUGGGCCGCCAUUGCCUUUUACAACCAUGCUUGCUGUACUUUACUCAAAGGCAGCGCUGACUGCAUCGCAACUGCAAUAAAUGAUUUAAAUCAGGCAUUGGAGUCCAUGAAAAACUUUCAUGAGGCAUGUGCAGCUUGUCAGUAUCUUUUAAAAUUGUCUCAGCCACUUGUGGAAGAUGGAGCAUCUGAAAGUCUGAACAAGCAGUUUAUUAUUAAAAUAAACGUUUUCAACUUUUUUCAAAAAAACAUUGAAGAGGCCAUUGAAAAAUUGACAGAAAUCAGGAACAAUAAAGGGAAAGCAGAAGCAAUUCAAAGGCCUAUAUUUCAGCUGGUGUCACACUGUCCAGAUGACCUCACAGAAGAACUUUGCCUUCUAAAAUCACAAGGGCUAUACAGUGUGUUUUCUGUUCAAGAAAAGCCUCACUUUUCUUGGGGCGGAUUGGCUGUUUUCUUUAUUGGACUUGCGCAAGUGGUCGCAGGAGUAUUUCUCACUGCACUAACCUAUGGCGUAUUAGCUACUGUCGGCACACAACUUAUUACUGAUGGGAUAUCUAACUUUAAAUAUGCAGCUGAAGUUAUGAAAACAGGAGUUUUCAGUUGGAAAGACUGGGCUAUAGAGAAAGCCAUUUCCGUGGCUGUCUCUCUCAUAGGUUUUGGUGUUGGAAAAUUACUUGCUAAAGGCUUUAGGGCAUGUAAGAGAGCGGUUACAGGAGUGGGUAAAGAACUUAAGGCUUUGGGAAGGUCAGUUAAUCAGAUGUCUCACACAGUUGUAGAAAGAAAUAUUUUUAAUUCAGCUAAAUUUGUAGUUAAAACGGCAGCUGAACAAACUGGACUGACUUUCCUCUCCAAACUUGAGGAUUUCAUUUUGCAAAAAAUAAUGAAUUCUAUAGAGGAAAAGAUUAAAGAAGAACUUACCAGAAAAAUAGAGGAGGAUAUAAUGAAUGGGACAUUAAGUUCACCAACUGAUGUAAUCAUCUUGUCACAUUUUAAGGAGAGCAGGCAAAUCAGAAACCUUGAAAAGGAAGACUACAUCAAGAAUAACAUGAUGAGUGUUUUCACAGAGUGUUCUAAACAUGUUUUAUUUUCAACAAAUCUUACUUGGCAAAAGAACCUGAUAAGAUCAGUUAUUGAUGUUAUCAACAAAGCUAAAGAUCAACUUCCAAAAUCCAAGAUGAAAUCAUUUUUUACCAUAGUUCAGGUUACAUUUAUGGCAUCACUAUUUGAAUACUGUUGUGUUGCAGCAGGCAAACUUUUGAAUGAAUUCAGCAGUAAGUACAAUGAGGAACUGAAAACACUUAUUGGAAAAAAAAAGUUGGAGAAAAAAAUUGAUUGUGAAGAUUGCGACCUACAGUACCUGCAUGCUUUCAAGAAAGAAUUAGCUGGUGUCAUUUCUGUAGAGCUGAAAGACGUUUUAAUGGAAACGAUUAAGGACACAUUUUUGGGCCAUGUUCAAUAUAUUGCACAGCAAAAAAUAAAUGGCCAGCUGAUGAAACCUAUAAGAAAGAUUUUACGGUCUAAUGAAACAUUGGAAUUGGUUAAAGCCGGUCAGAAGCACAACUUUAUUGUCAACCGCCCACUAAGUGAAGCAGGAGAGAUCAGUCACCAUGACGUCAUGCAUUUGCAAUCAUAUGCAGAGAAGGUGAAGAAGUCAGAGACCCCUGGGACAAUAUUUAGUCUCAGGAAUUACGCUGAACAGACUGGAACGCGAGUCAUUGUUCUCACAGAGGGAACUCAUGGAAAACUUAACAAAAUGUUAGUACUGAACCCAAGCUCCAAACCAGCUUCCAGGACUAUAGAACUGAUCUAUAAACCAAAGAGUGAGCAAUUCCCAAAUGGUCAUUACAAUGCAUGGAUUGACAAUAGGGAAGUGAUAGUGGAGAAUAAAGAUAAUAGUUGUAUGUAUUAUGCAGUUGCUCGUAGCAUGAACCCAGGAGGUUCUGUUGAGGAAAUCUCAUCUAGAGCCAAAGAACUCAGACUCUCGGAGGCUAAAAAUCUCAUUCAGCAUCCAAAUCAGUGGGUCCCUUUUUUGAAAUGCAAAGAACGGUUGGAAAGAAUAAGUGGAGGUCACUCGUAUCUGGCAGAAGGUGAAGUGAGAAUUGAGGAAACAAGUAAAUUACUGCAGGAAGAAACUGGCAAAGUAGGCAAAUGCACAGAUCUUCGCAUUCAGAACAGAGGAAUGGGCCAUUUUAUUAAUGCUGACCAUCAGCCACCACUGAUAUGCAUCGUGGAUGCUGCCAGGAACAACCAAAAUAGUAAGCUAGCUAAUGCAUUUCUUGAGGUGGGACUAAACCAAAGUGAAUUGACAGUUCAAUCAGUAUUAAAUACCACAGCCAAUCAAACCAGUACAACAAAGCAAGCAUGGCUGAGAAACCAUACUCAUGGACUUGUGUGUGUCAAUGUUCCAAAAAGAGUGCAUGACGAGUUUCCUAGUACAAGAUCCCCAAAGUGUCGCAGCCUAACAACGAAAGCCAUAGAAAAUGAUCAAGUUAUUGAUGCCUUUAAGUACACAAUCCUUGGUACCAUCCCAAGGUUUAAGUAUAAUUCUACAAGAGGGUUCAAUGAAUCCUUUGGUGAACCCGGACAGGUUUAUGGUCAAAGUUUUCAAAAGCAUUCGAUUAAAUUGGUCAAAGAAUGGUUCUCAGAACUGAAGAAAACAAGUCCAGGAUCACUAAUAACGGACAACAACCACCAGGCAACACUUAUACGUUGGAUCGAGACUAAGCAAUAUGAAAAUGAAAAUGACCCCCACUGGAAAAAUGUUGCUGGGUGUUUUUAAAGGGACUCCGAAAGACUUCACACAGGAGGCUGAAUAACAGCUCUGGGCCAGAAUCAGCAAUGCGGUACAGGGGGAGUUAAAAAAAGGAGAAAACAGACACCCACACCUCCUCACACAUACCAAACACAAGACGUCCGAUCUAACCCAGCUCUGAAGCAUACAGCGGGUUCUGAAGGACAGCUUGUCUGUUUAAGAUGAACAAGACCACUACUGUGAAAGUCUCGUCAAAAAAAAGUACAUAUUAAUGAUGUUUUCGGUCUGGAGACAAGAACAUCCAGCAUCUGCUCAUUAAGGUCAUGGACCAAUACAUGAUUAUACAGAUCUGCUGCCUUUCAUUGUUUUAAUGUUCUUUAUGUCAAUUAAAGAAGUUAUUUUGAUUUCAUUUUAUAACAAAAACUUAGUAAAUGUAUAAUAACAAUGCAAGUUAGCAAUGACGGUUGGGUAAUGAAUUGUGGGGUUGAUUGACGUCAAAGCAUCGGCGAAGCAAAUCAAAAUAUAGACUUCAGAAACUAGUCGCUAAGUUAUCAAAGCGAGACCAGUAGUAUUGUACCACUGAGAAAGAUUAAUUAAUGAAACUGAAUUGGUGGCAUACAGCAGUUCUAAGGAACACCAAGCACAGUCAUUAAUCUGUAAUUUGCUUUGGAUGAAGGUGUCUAUCAAAAGUGACCAAAGUCAAAAGAUAGUAAAUACGAUGUUUAUGAAUUAUAUCUGUAUCACAUGAAUAGGUGUCUGAAUAAUGAUGCAUUCAAGUGAAGGUGAAAAUUUAGUGUUAAUCUCUUAUAUCAGGACUGCAUGCAUUAUUCUGGCAGUCAAUUAUUUUUCAUCAGUAAAAUGACAGAUUGUGAUUUCAUUUCUUUUUUAAUCAAAAUAUAAUCAUUUAAUAAAUCAUUUAAUAUCACUUCUGUUUUGUUCUGUGUUGUGUUCAUUUUUAUUUAGCAGAAGUACAUUAGAGUGAGAUUUUCAUUGCUUAGUUGAACUGACUUCUGUGUAUAUGACAAACUCUUGCAGUAAUUGAAUUAAUAGAGUAGGUAAAAUUAGUUUGAAAUGGGGAGCUUACUUCAAAAUAUUUACACAUUGAUUGUGUAUAAAGAGCUUUUUGAAUAAACGUUUUGCAUAUACAAGACA